CAUUACCCUUCUCCUUCAAUUCAUGCCUUUGUGUCUCAAUCUUCAUCUCUAUAUCUCUCCCAAAAAUCUCUCUAGCUAGCUCUUUCUCUCCUAAUAAAAUUCCAAUCAAAAUAAAUCAAAACCACUAGAAAAAAAAUGGAAAACAACGUAUCAAUUAUAACUAAGAGAGUAUGGAGCAUGAUACGUGUGGCCUUGUUCAUGUUAAGAAAAGGCAUAUUAAAGGGAAAAUUAAUGAUGGAUCUCAACAUGACGGUCAAACGUCGCAGUAAGCUUGCCGGUAAAGCCAUCGCCAACCUCAUGUUCCCACACCACCAUGGCGGCUUCACCUCAAGAAGCCGGCCCCACAACGAGAAACGCAUCUCUACCACAAGGGAGUAUGAAUUCACCUGCAGCAACACACCAAAUUACAAAUUUACUCUUAACAAUAAGCGUCACCGCAACAACCAUUUAUUUGCGUGUGCUCACGCUCCUCUCACACAAGACGAAGAGAUUGUGACCGUUAAUGCGGUUAAGGCUGUGUUGGAAAAUAUUGUAAAUAAUAAUGAGGUGAUGGUGGAUGCUUCCCCGGUGCUCGUGGGGUAUGGAGAGACUCCUAAGGAUAUUGACACUGAUGUCGAGGUGGACGAGGCAGCCGAAGCGUUCAUAAAGAGGUUCUACUUGCAAUUGGGGAAGCAGAAUUGAGUCUUGUUUUCAUAAUUGUUAACUAUGAACGUAAAGCUUGUAAACAGUUUUGGAUAUUUUGACUUUAUGUCUUUGUAGAAGCUAAGCUUAUAGGAGAGGGUGCACGGUAAUUUUGUUGAGGACUUAAUCUUGUAAUAUUGCUUAUAUUUAUUAUACACAUGAAAAAGUAAGAAUAUGAUGUCAUAAUUAACUUGA